AGAUAAGUCAUGGGGGGGGGGCAGGGCUGGCAGUGCAACAACAAUGGAAAACAGCCCAUGCAGCAGCAAGAAGUAUCAGGGUUAGACACCAGGAAGACCGUCUAGAAUUCCUGGAGAAGCGUGGGCAAGCCUGUGAAGGGUCAAGUAGGGAGUCCCGUGACCUGUGCUUUGUGCCUGAUGAAGGUAGGAGAAGAUGAAAUUGACCAAAUAAGAAGUAUGAGGGACGCAGAUGAGCAAUGGGUGCGGGACACCACCAUUCCCGAUGGAUGUGUGGGUCUGAGGUAUCACUGGCGGACAGAGUCUUGAGUGGGGCUCAUUGUAUCGACUGAGAGGCGGACGGGUUGAUGAUUCUGUCCUAAUCUCGAGUUCUUGGCGCUCCCAACUGGGAGUGGGACUUGAUCCUGGGGCAAAGGACGGCCUUCUACAGCCCCUCCCCCUCCCAGUUCGUCAUCCUCCUGGCAGAAGAGGAACCCUCACUGACCACAUCAGUUCCUUCACAUUCCCUCCAGAGAGUCCCUAGCUGCUGGACUAAUGUCAUCCAGAGCAGGAGCUCAGCUCUGCUAAAUGUCAUAGUCGUCGUCGGGUAGCCCUGGACGGGAGAGGGAAAGGGCAGGCUGUAGUUGAGUGUUGGGAUCUGAAGAGAAGGCAGUUCCACACGCCAGGGAAGGCGUGGAGGCCAAGAAGCAAAGGCCAUGGCAUCGGGGUGACCGCAACCCCUGGAUUGGAACGUUGAGUACUGGAAGUGAGGAUUUUCAGCUGAUGAGGCGCUAGCAGGUUCAAACACCAUCGUGUCUGGGUCCUGGACUGGUGAUUUCGGAGAGAGUGCUAGCAGGGCUCUGGUCUCCCUCUAGGGCAGGAUGGCCCAGGAUCUCAGUGAGAAAGAGCUGCUGAGGAUGGAGGUGGAGCAGCUGAAGAAGGAAGCGAAGAACCCUCGUGAUCCGAUUUCCAAGACCGGAAAGGAAAUCAAGGAUUAUGUAGAGGCCCAAGCUGGGGCUGACCCUCUUCUCAAAGGCAUCCCAGAAGACAAGAAUCCCUUCAAGGAGAAAGGCACUUGUGUGAUAAGCUGAUGGCCCAGAGCACCCCCACUUUUUCCCCUGUUCCUCCUCACCCAGGCCCAAGUGUGCUGGGAUCCCCAGGGACCAAUGUUUACCUUCUCUUGAAUUUAAAAUGAGUAAAGAUGCUG